AUGAUGAACCGGAAGUUCAUCAUUGGUUUGCUAAGUGUUUUAUCAGCAAUAACAAUUUAUUUGCCUGAUGAAGUAGCAUCAUUUACUCGUUGUCCUGAACGUGGUACAACAGAAUUACCAACAAUAUCUUAUUAUUCGGAUGAAAAAUUUUGUAAUGUGUAUCAUAAAUGCAAUUGUUCUCUUGUGGAAUGUCGCGUAGUCGAAUCUCAUGUUUGUCCAAUUGCAAAAGUUUAUUCAAAAACUAAAGCAACUUGUUUAGACAUUGAAGAAGAAGGUUGUGAAUCAACAUAUGUACAAUGGGUACAAACACAUAGUAGUAAUACUGAUGAAAACAAUGGUAAAGUUGCUAUUAUGAUAUCUGAUUCUCUUCUUCCAUCAACAACAAGUAAAGAUUUUGAAUGUGAACAAGGUCAACCAGGCAAAUUUAGUGAUCCAAAUAUUUGCAAUAUAUUUCAUGUUUGUAUAACUCGAAAUGAAAAAACAGUUGAUCAACCAUUUAUGUGUCCAUAUCCAACUGUAUUUAAAACUGGUUCAUCAGGAAAAAUGUUUUGUGCACGACCUGAACCAAAUGAUUGUCAAGGUAAAGCUUUCUAUCGUACAAUGGAAGGAUCUACAAAUAUGGCAAAAAAUAUUCAUAAUGAUAAUGAUGAUGCAACCAGUUAUCGUUUACCUGAAAAUACUCUUAUAAUUGAAAAAUGUUUACAAUCAGGUUUAUAUCCUGAUAGUCUCUAUUGUAAUGCUUAUCAUAAAUGUACAAACAAAGGUGAAGAUGAACAAUAUUUAUGUGAAAAUCAAUUAUUAUUUAAUCCUGAAUCGAAUAUUUGUGAUUAUCCAAUAAAUGUCGUUUGUGGAGGUAAAGGUUUACUUCGUCGUCCAACAGGUUUUUCAAAUGGUACGCUUGUUAAUUCCUCAUAUAUAAUGGUAUAUGGUACAGAAUUACGUCCUGAUUGUCCAUCACAUGUAUCAAAUGUUCUUGUUGCUGAUGUUAAUUAUUGUAAUGUUUUCUAUCAUUGUCAAUCAGGUCAUGGAUCAGUUUAUAUGUGUCGUGAUGGAACCGUAUUUGAUUCAUUAAAUCAAGAAGGUGUUAGUUCAUGUCGUGCAGAAGACUUAAUUGAUUGUGGUAGUCGUUUAAUUUUAACACCACAAGGUAAACGUUUAUCAUCGUAUAAAAAAAAUGAUAGACCUGUAUCAAAUGUAAAUUUAUUUGGCAUGGAUAAUAAUUAUGUAAAAGAAAGAAAACUAUCAUUUAAUAACAAUAAUAAUAAUAAUAAUAAUAAAAAUAAUAAUAAUAACAAUAACAAUAAUAAUAAUAAUAAUAAUAAUAAUAAACUUAAUCUUAAUCUUAAUUCACAAUAUUCAAAUUUUAUUUUAUUACCACCACCAAUGCAUAAUCAAAAAGUUGUUGUCGAUGUACCAUUUGAUUGUAAAGGACGUAUUGAUGGUCAUUGGCGUGAUACACGUUAUUGUGAUGUAUUUCAUGCUUGUAUUGCUGGUGAACAGAAACGUUCGUAUGGUUGUAAUCAAAUAGGUGAACGAUUUUACUUUGAUGAUGCAUCACAAAAAUGUGAAUUUGCUAGUAGAAAUCCAAAUGGUUGUCAAUCAAAUCAAUAUUAUACACCAAUUGAGCCAAUACCAUCUAUACCAGGAUCACAAUUAAGUACAGAAGCACCAACAGAACCAUGGAAAAUAUUUAUUCAAUCACGUGAACAAUUUACUUGUUCAGGAAAACAAGAUGGUUUCUAUGCCAGUCGUUGGUGUAAUGUAUUUUAUCGAUGUUAUACAGGUAUAGCUAGUGCUUUUCUAUGUCCAAAAAUGCCAAGUGGUGCUCGAUUAUGGUGGGUACAACAUGGUUCACCACAAGGCGUUCCACAAGAAACAGCUGCUUGUACAUGGCCAUGUGAAACAGGUCGACGAUGUUCAAGUUCAGGUGGAAUUAUUGUUGAUUCAGGUUCAACAGUUGGUGAAAAUCAACAAGAAGCUGAAACUGUUUUUUCACAAUCACUUUGUACAACAUCAUCUUCAUCCUCUUCCUCCUCAUCAUCAUCGGGUAGUUUUACGCCAGGUACAAGCUCAGGUGGAUCAAAUAGUGGUACUUUUGUACCACAAUCAUCAAUGACUGGUGGAACAUCAAGUUCAAGUGGUGUUGGAACAACAGGAGGUGGAGUUGGUAGUAUGCCAGGUGGACCUUCAUCAACGUUGGGUGCCACAUUUACUGUUGAUUCGGAUGUAAGUUGUAUUGGACAAGCUGAUGGUGUUUUUCUUGGAAGUCGUUAUUGUAAUGUAUUUCAUCGUUGUGUUAGUGGUACUCGACGAGAUUUUCGUUGUCCUCGUGCAACAAAUACACCAUAUGAUCUUUGGUGGAAUCAACAAACUCAACAAUGUGAUUGGCCAUGUCGAAUUCAAUGUACUGGUUCGGUUUAUGGUACAUCAACAUCAGCUCAACAAGUUCGAACAGAAAAUGCUUUAUUAUUUAGUAAUGAAUGUGCUGGUUAUCAAGUUAAUCUUCAUUCACAAGUUAAUACUGGUAUUCUCAAUAGUCAAGCAAUGGUUUAUUCAUCAAUACCUCAUGAACAUGAACCAACACGUAAUUCAAUGGCAAAAUUAAUUGAAAAUCCUGAUCCAAAUUUUAUUUGUACACAAUCUGGUAAAUUUCCAACACGACGUUAUUGUAAUGUUUAUUAUGAAUGUUCUGACGCUGGUUUACCACCUGUACAAACAUAUGAAUGUAUUGAUAGUUUCUUUGAUCGUAGUCAAGGUUUAUGUAUGCCAAAAGAUCAAGUACCAUGUUUAGGUGGUAUAUAUCCAUAUGAUUCAGUACCUAUUGAUCGUAAUCCUGAUUCAUUACAAUGUUCAAUUAAUUCUGGUUUUCAAUUACAUACAUCAAGACAAUUUUGUAAUAUUUAUUAUUUAUGUGAUGGUACACAAACAACACCAACAACAUUUCGUUGUUUUGAUCGUCAAACUCAACAAGAAGGUAUAUAUGAUCCAUUUGCUGAACGUUGUGAUUCACGACGAAAUUCAAAUUGUCAAAAUGCUAUAUUAAAUUUAAGUCAUACACAAUUAUAUCGUUCUGUAUCAAUUGAUCAUACACGUUUACCUGAUUUAACUAUUUUACCAUGUAAAUAUGAUCAACAAUAUGUUAUUGAACAUGAACAAUAUUGUAAUUUAUAUCAUGUAUGUAAACAUGGUAAUUAUCAUUUAUAUGCUUGUAUAUCAAAUGGUGAGGAUAAUCAACCAGCAUCAUAUUUCUAUCAACCAAAUGGUCAAUGUGCUGCACCAUUAACAACAUUAUGUCCUAAAACAAAACAUAUUUUUAGUUAUGGACGUUUAUUAGCAACAGCAAAUAGUGAAAUAUUUCAGCCAUUUAUUAUGCCUGAACAACAACAACAACAACAACAACAAUAUAAUUAUGGUUCAAUACCAAUUCAAGAACGUGUUGAACCUAUUCCAAAAUGUCGUUCAACAGAUAAUUAUAUUAUUUCACAUGAACGUUAUUGUAAUUUAUUUUAUGGUUGUAAAGAAGGUGAACUUAUACUUUAUGCAUGUGUUGAUCGUUUAACAAAUACAUAUGGUGGAAUAUUUCAAUCAUCAACUGGAAAUUGUAUAUCACCAAAUGAUAAUAUAAAUGAAUGUUUAACAAAUGAAUUUUUUCGUCCAACAAUUAUUCCAACAACACGUUUAUAUCCAAAUGUAGCAUUUCGUUCCUAUACAAUGCUUGAAACAUCAAAUGAAACAAUAAUAAAUCAUCAUGAAAAAAAAUUUAAUGAAACACAUGAAGUAAAAUCAUCAUUUUCAUGUUCAAAUCGUGUUGAUGGUUAUUAUGAAUCUGAAUGGUGUAAUAUUUAUUAUCGUUGUGUUGCAGGAAAACGUAUGGAUGAACGUUGUCCAUUAGCUGGUACACAAUCAUUAGCUAAUUAUGAUCUUUGGUGGAGACAUCAAAAUUCAAUUUAUAAUUCAACAAAUCCACAUUAUUUUGGUGGUUUAGAUUAUAUGGUUCGAUGUGAAUGGCCCUGUAAAGUUGAAUGUAAUAAACCAAUAUGGAUAUCAUAUGAUAAUAUAAAUGGAAAUGCUGAUGUUGUUUUAAGAAAAGAUCAAGCACUUCGACCUGAUUGUUCAUUAGUUGUUAAUAGAAAAAUUGAAAAUACAAUUCAAACAUCACAACAAAUGAUUAUGUAUUCUGAUAUACCAAAUCCAUCAAAUUAUACAUGUCCAUUCAAUUUACAGGGUGUUAAAGCUCGUUUAGCUGAUCCAAAAUAUUGUAAUGUUUUUCAUGAAUGUAUUAAUGCUAAAUUAAUAGGUUCAUUUCUUUGUAUUGAAUCACAAUUUGAUACGAAAGAAAAAGAUUGCAUAGCAUUUACAAAAUCAAAUAUUUGCCCACAAGAACGUCGUUAUUCAUAUUCACGUUCACAAUUAGCUGCUCAAACAUCACCUGCAGCAUAUUAUGAAGCUGUUGAAGUACGAAGUGUUAAUCCAAGUGGUUAUGAAUGUAUCACUGAUGGUAUUCAUACAGAUGCUAUGUUUUGUAAUCUAUUUCAUGCUUGUUCUGGUCGUAAUCGACGAACAUUUCAAUGUCGCCAAACAGGUACAGAUGGUAUCAAUGAAGGUGUAUCAACAUUUGAUUUAAAUACAAAAAGUUGUAUAAGAUUUUCACCAUAUUCAUGUCCAACAUUACUUUAUAAUCAAGAAUUUGUUGUUUUACCUGUUAUGUUUAAACCUCCAACAGUGUCACCAUGUGGUAAAGAAGGUUUCUUUCCUGUAUCAGAUGUAACAGCACAAUAUUGUAAUAUGUUUGCAUGGUGUCCAAAAGGACAUGGUGAAGCUAAAGUUUUUGAAUGUGUUCCAUCAUUACCAGGUGCACAUUUAGGUGCAUUUGAUAUGUCAAGACGUUCAUGUACAUCACGUACAACAUGUCCACGUGCACGUCAUUCAUCACCUUUUAAUACAAGUUUACUUGCAAUGACAUUAAGACCAAAAGUAGUUAGUAUUAGUAAACGAAAACAAUUUUCAUUAACAAGCACAAUGCUUGAAAAUGGUUAUAUUGCAUUGGGGGUCGAUUUUCAAACAUCAUUUACAUGUCCAUUAGGAACAACUGGAUUUCAUGCUAAUCCAAAUUAUUGUGAUGUUUUUCAUUAUUGUUAUGAAACGGGUGAAUUAGCAUCAUUUGUUUGUGCAUCAAUGCCUAAUCGUUAUCAAUUGUGGUGGAGUCAUCAAAAUGAACCAGGUCGACCAGAUAAUGUAUUUUGUGACUGGCCAUGUAAUUUACAAGGUGUUUAUGCUUGUCCAGCUCAUAAAACGAUUCUUAUGCGUGAUCGACAACCAGUAGGUAAUGUUGUACAACAAGAAGUUAUUGAAGCAACAUGUUCAUCAGCUCAAGUACCAACUGUAGCUGUUCUUGUUAGUGGUAUUACACCUGAACCUGGUGGUUUUAUGACUCCAACAUUUUAUCCUUCACCAUCAAUUGAUAUGAACAACAUUCCACAACAAUCUCAACCAACAGCUCCUUCAUCUGUACUUGGUUAUCAACCAUGUGUAGUUUCAAAUGAAUGGUAUGUAAGUCAACCAACAAUUCGAUGUAGUUCAUCAUUUGCUGCAAUGAGUUAUGCACCUGAUCCAAAAGAUUGUUCGAAAUAUUAUAUAUGUGAUUCUUAUAUCGGUCCAGAUGGCAUGUCAUCAGGUAUUUUAAUGCAAUGUUUGGCUGGUUUAUGGUGGGAUCAACAACGACGUACAUGUGUACUUCCAUCUGAAGUUGCAUGUAAUCCAUAUAAUAUUAUUAAUUCACAAGGACAAAAUACAAUGAUUGAAAAUAAUCUAAAUGUUAUGCUUCAACCAAUGCAACCAGGCAUGCCUUUUCCAUCAGUAGAUACAACACCGCUUGUUGUCUUUCCACAGCCACAAACACCUGUUCAAGUUAUGCCAGGAGGAUCAAGUGAUGCACCAUGCCGUGGUGGUCCAUUAUGUAUGGAUGUUGGACUUAACAUUCUUCAACAAAUGAAAGGCAUUCCUGGUCGACCAGGCUGGUUUUAUAAAUGUGACAGUCAAUGUGCACUUGAAAUGCGUUGUCCACCAGGCUUAGUAUUUGAUGAUGCAUAUCAGCGAUGUGAAUGGCCUGGUGCUGGUUCUCAACUAUUACAUCAACGUUUAGGUAGUUUAAGAGAUAAAACCUCUGACGAUAAUAAAAAUACAACUAAAACAAAUGUUAAAAAAUUACGUGUAAUGACAACAUUAAAACAAUUCAAUAAAACAUCAUCAUCAUCAUCAUCACCGUCAUCAUCAUCAUCGUCAUCAACAUCGGCAACAGUAUCACCAAUGAAUCAAGCAACAAAACGUGUUGCACCAUAA